AAGUAUUGCAAUAUUGAGCAAUCGUUGGCUAACAGUUUAUGAAAACAUAAAUAACAGUGCACAAUUUUAAAUGUUAAAAUAACCAAAACAAAACGGAUACCCCCUCUCCCUCUGACAAUUAAAACUACACAUUUUUAUAUUAAACUGUGCUUAUUUUAAAACGCAAAAAUAGCUGAACUCAUAAUUGCCUCGCCUAGUUUACAAAAAUCGCGCUUAUAUAUGACUAAAAUGAUUCCGCCGGUACCCACUUCAGCCGUUAUGAUGCCAACGCCAAAGCAGAAAAUCGGCUUCAGCAUCGAAUCGAUCGUGGGCAAUGAUGCAAAUGCCGUCGGCGACGGCAGCAACAAUGUAGGUCAUAACAGCAACGGUACUGUCAGUGAACAAGUCAAUAAUAACAAUAACAAUGGCAACAAUAGUAGUGCUGCUAAUGGUCCCACAUCACCUCCGCAAACACCACCGAUUGUUGGCUCUACAAAUUUACCAACAACGCCACAUUUGCCCCUAUCAGGGCAUUCACAGGGUUUACCGCCACAUUUAGCGCACAUGCCACAUCAACUAUCAGCUGCACAACAACAUGCGCUACAUCAACAUAUAUUAAUGCAACAACAACAACAACAGAUAUCACCAAAAACCUUAGAUGGCUUGCCAUUGCGCCACGAUAUACAAGAUAUCAUACAACGUCUACAGCAUAGUGCAACUGCAGCGAAUCUGUCGGCCAAUGGUCCAUACAGUCCGCCUCAAACACGCCUUACCCCUGAUGAUAAUGUCUUACACUUGAAACGUGAACGUUCUCCGGUACCUGUUGCAGUGGAAAACACGCAAAACCCAGCGCAACGACACCAACCACCUCAUACACCGCCAAAGUCAGUAUCACCGCAAUCUUCACAACCAGCUUCUCCUCCAGCAAUGCUUUUGAGUAGUCCAGCAACACAACAGUAUCAGAAACCUGCUACUGGACCCAUACUCGUGCCUGGCAUGCCGCCAGCUGGUUUAGUUCGGCCAUUUCCUAUGGGGCCUAUGGGUGCUGGUGCGCCACCACCACAACAGGGUCUUCCAGAUAUCAAAGCGUUGCCACCAUAUAUAAAUGCACCACCGGAAUUACCGCCACAGCAUAAUCCCCAUUUGAUAGCGGCAGCACAAUUUCAAAUGGCCUUACAAGCUGGACAUGUUUUGGGACCUGCGGCAGCAGCAGCAGCGGCAGCCGGCUUACCACCACAUGCUGCUCCUUUUAUGUCUAAUCCGGGUAUGCCACGUGAUAGCUAUCCACUAUAUCCAUGGCUACUCAGUAGGCAUGGUCGCAUAUUUCCACAUCGUUUUCCAGGAAACUUUUUAUUGCAACCUUUCCGAAAACCAAAACGUAUCCGCACAGCAUUCUCACCUUCGCAGCUACUCAAGUUGGAGCACGCCUUCGAAAGUAAUCAGUACGUUGUCGGCGCUGAACGCAAAUCACUAGCACAAGCCUUAAAUCUCUCAGAAACUCAAGUUAAAGUUUGGUUCCAAAACCGACGCACCAAACACAAACGCAUGCAGCAAGAAGACGAGAAGGGCGGAUCUUCAGAUCGUAACUCUCACAACACUAGCUGUGAUGAGGAAGAUGAUGAGCUUAUCGAUAUGGAAAUGGACGAUUGCCCGAGUGAUGAUGAACACGAGCUUGACGCAAGUCUAACCAGUCAUUAAAGAAUUUUCUUCUAACGAUUUGUAAGGAGAAACUGUAAAAUAUGUAGAUAAAACCUCGCCGAAAUUUUGGAUAUCGUAUGGCUGCAUGUGUUCCUUAUUUAUUAAAUCGAAAUCAGUGGUGUAUGUGCGUGCAUGUGUUUGAGGGAAUUUAGUGGUCUAAGGAAAGUGAACUUGUGAUAUAUAUCUAACGAUGUAAGAAAUAAAAAACUGAAAAUCAUAAAAUAAACAAAUUGAUU